CAACCAUAGGAACUUAUUCAUGCUUGUAUUGCUCCCCAACUCUUUUUACGUUUGACUCACAGGUUAAAAAGUUUGGGGACUACUGACACAAAGUAUAUAACAUUUUGGAUGCAUGUAAGCAGAUAAACUUAGAUAUUAUACCUCUAAGAAUACCUCUUAACAGUAUCAGUAGAAAAUCUAUAUCUCUCUAUAUUUCAUUUCACUUUAUCCAGGUACUUGUCCAUAUAUUUUAUAGUUUAUACCUGAACUGCACUAAACAGAGCUUGACCUAUUCUUGGGUACCGCCGUGUAAGUUAAAGUGAUACUGACACUAAAAAAUUAUUAUUCAGAAUAUUAAUAUAACUUUUGUACAUCAAAAGUUACCUAUAGCUCAUGUUGAUCACUCAUAUGGCUGCUUUUGUGAGUAAUUGUACUUAAACCUGACUGUCCCUUCUCAACAUGUCCGUUAGAGUUUCUAAUGCUUACAGACUGCUGAAGCUCAAAUAUGGCCGCACCCUCAGAGAGGAACAUGGGUGAACAUUUGGGUAAUGUAAAAGCAUCUGUAAAUACUUUAAAGGCAGAAUAAUAGCAUGCGAAGACAAUAUUUUGAUAGAUGUUAACAAAGGUUUAAUUUCUGGUGUCCAUAUCUCUUUAAGAAUCACUGAAGUAGUAAGAAGCAUGGCUGCUGGCAGGAUAGAGAUUUUCAGCACAAGGCAGUAAUCACACUGGAGUGUCUCACCAUCAAAAAAGUGAAUGACCAAGCCAGAGCCCAGUCUAAUUAAGAAUCUAACAUACAGGAAAGGCCCUAUUUGGGAGAUUGCUUUCAUUAGACCAGGUAGGGAGCAUCGAAAUCAGAUUUUACCAGCAGAUGGAUGUGCCCGAGGACAAGGAGCAAUGGAUUUUAUGCCAAGCAGGUCUUCUACUCCCAGUGCCGCAAAAGCCAAACUAUCAACUGAGAGCCAGCGUGACUUUGCAGCCACAGAAAGCCCACUGUCAGCUGUUAGUCAGGCUCAUGGUGAGGAAGAACAGCUCUCUCUGGAUCCUAAUGUGAGAAUUAAAGUAGAGAAACUAGAAAUGGCCCUUAAUUACCUUGGGAUUCACCCAAACGAAGAACAAAAAAGGCUAAUGAAGCAAGACCUAAAAAUGGAUGCAAAUGGGACUGUCGAGUAUGGAGAUUUUGUUCAAGUGGCAAGAAAACUUUUCACUUUGCAAAUAAAGGAAGGAGAUUUUGGGCAGGGGAUGGCUCUUUCUGGGGGCCAGGAAAUAACCAACUUAUUAGACCCCAAUGUCAGUAAAGAUCCAUUGUGUGAUCUUUCAGUCUCUGAUGAUCCAGAACAAUUGAGAAGAGAAAGAAAUGAGGCAUAUGCAGAGCUGAGAAAGUUAAAGGAAAGGCUCCAGGAAUCAGAGAAAAACAGAAGUCAGUUAUCUGAAGAACUUGAAAAAGUAAAACAAGAGGCCAAAGGUGCCGUCGAAGAGACAAGGGCACUGAGGAACAGAAUUCACUUGGCCGAGGUGGCACAGAGUCAAGCAAGUGGCAUGGAGACAGACUAUGAAGAAGUCAUUCGUCUUUUGGAGGCUGAAGUUACGGAGCUAAAAGCUCAGCUCUCGAAGCGAUCCGGCCAAACUAAAGGUAAUGUUCAGGAUUUAAAAGGAAGAGCUUCUGUCCUCGGCUGUCAGCUGCGCAAGUCAGAGAUGGCCAGAAAAGCUUUUGAAGUGACAACCGAGAAGCUGCAGCAGUUCGCAGAGAAUGUCUGUGAUAUUCUCUCUGAUGAUUCUGCCAACAUGUUAAACCUGAGUGAAAAAGGUUCUCCAUUUUCAUCCAAGACCCUUAUGUCACGCCUGAAACCAUGUCGACAUGAUGUUAUAGCUGCUAUGGCAGCAGAAGCCAGAGAUCUUGCCAUAUCUGUGCGCUCCAUGGUGGAUACUCAGUGCCUCCCUUACGGCUUGGAAGAAGCUUACACAGCAGACGGAAUCAAGUACUAUAUCAAUCAUGUGACUCAAACAACCACUUGGACCAAUCCGGUACUCAGCACAUUGCUUUCCGGGGAACUUGAAGACACCCAGAGAGAUCCCCCUGAACAGCAGAACUGCUAAACUUUCCACAACACUACUUGUGCCUUCAUAUUGGUAUAAACCAUCAAUGGAUGGAUUUCUGCUAGCAAAAGUAUUAUUAUUAUACUGUAUGGAUAAAGACCCACAAUGCUGCACAUUGUAUUGGGGAUACGACAAGGCAAGGCAAAACGAUGGGAGAAGAAUAAAUAAGGUCAGAGGGCCCUCGUCAGGAGAGCUUACAAACAAUGGGUACAAGCUACUGUCUUGGUAGUAGUCUUUGUUUAAACAGGACCUUAUGACAACUGAGAUAGCAAGCUUAUUUAUAUAUAUAUAUAUAUAUACACACACAUACAGGUAGAUGCACACAGGGAAUUAUCCUUCCAAUGAAUCUUUAUUGAAUAAACGUUCCGGUCCUCAUCUGGGACCUUUAUCUUGAUUAAGGUCCAAGGUGAGGACCAAAACGUUGAUUCAGUAAAUAUUCAUUGGAAGGAUAAUUCCCUGUGUGCACCAGCAUCUACCUGUAUAUAUUAUUGAAUUUUUGGUAGCAGCAGGGUAUGUACAGUAUUAUUACCACCAGGGUAUAUAUUAUUUAGAAAUCUUUUUAAACGCUUUCAUUGUUUGAUGUUACUGUGCCUUUAACAUAUCAAAGGAACAGUAACAUCAAACAAUGUAAGUGUUUAAAAGUAAUGCAAAUAUAUUGCUGUGUUGCCCUGCACUGGUAAAACUG